AUGGGUGCUAUGGUUCCUUAUAGACAAACUGCUAUGGUUCGUUAUAGACAACCUCAACAAUUUCCUAGAAUUUUUACACCACAAUAUUCUUAUCCACAGGAAAUCGGACCAUAUAAAGGUUCAUCAUCUAUAACAUCUUGGAAAGUUCCUUGGAUAACAAAUAUAAUUAUUAGAACACGUCCUCAUCAAGGAAAAACUUGUAGCAGAUGUGGUGCUAUGGGUCAUACAAGUAGAACUUGUCAAAGAGUUUAUGGUAACCAUGCCAUAAGAAAUAAUGGAAGAAUAAGAAAAUCUGUAAAAAAAUACUUUGAAAAUCCUACAUUUAAUAUGAAUGUUUGUAUUUGUUGUGGUGAAAUUGGUCAUACUACAAGAAAUUGUCCUACACGAAAUGCUGGUGGUAGAGGAAUGGGUGCUGGUAAUUGUAUCAAUGCUGCGCAUUUAGCUGUGAUUAAAGGAGGUAUAGAUAAAUUUAAAAAAGCAUACAAUAUGGAAAGAAAACUCAUUCCUCAAUUUAUGUUGCCACCAAAUAUUAUACCCCAACGACAUAAUCUUUUAACAUAUUAA